AUGCCAGCCCCAGCAGAGAACCUCGACAUGCCACCCCAAACCCCAGCAGAGGCCUUCCACAAGGCCCUGCGCAAGCUCAAGGAGGAAGCAGACGAAAUCCCCGACUGGGACUACAACCCCCACCACAAGCGUGACGAACGCAUCAGGAAGUGGCUGAGAACGCUCGUACCCGGAACGAACGAAAACACCCAGCACACGCCUUGGGCACCCCUGAAGUUCACUUCCGCUAGGCGCCGGAACUAG